AUGAAUGUUCAAACGAUUCAUUUGUUGGUGUUAAGUGCGCUCGCUUGCGAUGCAUAUAAGAUAUUGCUCGUGUUUCCGUACGUUUCGAAAAGCCACGCUAUUCUCGGAGAGGGUUACGUCAGGAAUCUCCUGAAAGCAGGACAUGAAGUGACCUACAUAACGCCAUAUCCGAAAGAUCCGGCUCCUAAUUUACGGGUCAUCCAAAUCGCACAGCAUGCCUUGGAGGAAAAAAUGAACUCCACGUUCACUAUAGAAAAGCUAAUGCACAAAACUCAUGCAGGAAUGGAAAUGUUUAAACUUGUCAAGUCUUUUAUUAAUACAGCUAAUGAUACAGUAUCUAAUACGGAAGUACAACAGCUGAUGUUAGAUCCGCAGACACAUUUUGAUGUUGUUAUUGCAGAAUGGAUGGUAACUGAAAUUUUUAGUGGCUUCGGUAAAAUUUUCAACUGUCCAUUCAUAUGGUCAUCUUCAAUGGAAGCACAUAGCUUGAUAUUGCGUUUGAUAGACGAGAUUCCCCAUCCUGCGUACUCAUCAAACACGCUAGGGCUUUUUGAACCACCAUACAAUUUCUUCCAAAGAGCAAUAAACACUUUGAUGGAGAUUGGAUUAAAAGUAGCCAAAUGGUUUUCCAUUUCAAUAGAAGAACAUAUUUAUAAAGAAGGAUUUGCUGCUGCAUUCAAAGCAAAAGGUCUCGUUCAGCCUAGCUUGGAAGAAUUGAGAUACUCUGCUGCUUUGGUUUUGGGAAAUUCCCACGUUUCUUCUGGAGCUCCGCUGACAUUGCCACAAAAUUACAAGGCUAUUGGUGGUUAUCAUAUAGACGAACAAUCUAAGCCAUUGCCCAAGGAAUUUAAGAAUAUUUUAGACAACUCGAAGCAUGGCGUUAUUUAUUUCAGUCUAGGAUCGGUAGUUUCAAGUAAAUCGAUGCCUGCAGCAAUCAAAACCGGAUUAUUUGAAAUGUUCAGGAGUUUAAAAUAUACUGUUAUAUGGAAAUUCGAAGAUGACUUUCAAAAUAUUCCUGAUAACGUUCACGUCGUAAAAUGGGCACCACAGCAAAGCAUACUAGCACAUCCUAACUGCAUUCUCUUCAUCACCCACGGUGGCUUAUUGUCUACAACGGAAACAUUACAUUACGGUGUUCCUAUUAUUGGAAUACCCAUAUUUGGAGAUCAGGUCAUGAAUAUCAAAAAGGCUGUCCAUAAAGGCAUUGGACUAGAAGUGAAACUUGACUUGGAUACUCCAAAGAACUUGAAAGCAGCUAUAAAUGAGGUUUUGUCCAAUCAAAAGUAUCGCGAUCGAGUUAAGGAGUUGUCGUUGGUAUAUCACGAUCGUCCGGUGACUCCGGGUGCUGAGCUGGUCCACUGGGUGGAGCACGUCGUCAAGACUAAAGGAGCUCUCCAUCUGCGCUCACAGGGGCUGCUCGUGCCUUUGUACCAGAAGCUGUUAUUAGAUAUAAUCUUCGUGUCGUUAUUGUUGUUCCUUGGUUUUGUAUUCUUCGUCAAAUUUAUGGUGACCCGGUAUUUGAAAAAGAAAAUAGAUAUUAGAAAAAAAACUUUGUAG